UUCUCAUGUAUGCCGAAGUCUAUUUAAACUUCUACCUAUCCCUACUUGGAUCACUUAAAACUUUUGUGUCCCCAAAGUAGUUCCCUUAUUGUUGAUCAGCAACUGCUCAACAAUCAUGCAAAAAUCAAAAUCCAUCAGUCAGAUACAGGCCCCAACCUAUGGAAACCUAAUCACUAUUCUCAGCAUUGAUGGAGGAGGAAUUAAAGGAAUCAUCCCUGCAACUAUUCUUACAUUUCUAGAAUCAGAACUUCAGAAACUGGAUGGCGAAGAUGCUAGACUUGCAGACUACUUUGAUGUGAUUGCCGGGACAAGCACUGGGGGUCUUGUGACGGCCAUGUUGACUGCACCAAACGAAGAAAAUCGCCCCAUGUUCGCUGCAAAGGACAUCAAGGACUUUUACGUGAAACAUUCCCCCAAGAUCUUCCCACAAUGCGGAGGGCCAUUAGGCCAAGCAGCAAAGAUACUAAGAGCUAUCUCAGGGCCCCGGUAUAAUGGCAAAUACCUUCAUGAGAUUGUGCGGAGAAAACUAGGGAAUACCAAGCUUCGUCAGACAUUGAUCAAUGUGGUCAUCCCAACAUUCGAUAUCAAGCGGCUCCAGCCGACCAUAUUCUCCUCCUACGAGGUUAAGAACAACAGCUCUCUGGAUGCUCUGCUUUCUGAUAUUUGCAUUGGCACUUCUGCAGCUCCUACUUACCUUCCAUCUUACUUCUUUCAAACAAAAGACUCAGAUGGAAGUGUGAGGGAAUUUAAUCUUAUUGAUGGAGGUGUAGCUGCUAAUAAUCCGGCUUUAGUUGCUAUGGGAGAAGUAACUGUCACGCCCCAAAUCCGGAUCAUGACACGGCCGUGCUAUUGCUAUCUUAUGCACACAAUAACACGAAGCCACAUAAAAUUUCAUAAUAAAAAUAAAUAGUUUCAUUUACUAAUAUCAUAACAUUGUUCAUGAAGUUGGAACAGUACAGAGCUUCUAAAAUCUGAUUAUUACAUAACAUUUUCAAUUACCCCAACCCUGAAUAACAUCAAGCUCCCCGCUCCUAGUGGUCUUAAUCAUCUGUAGGAAAAAAAUAGAUAAAAAGGUAUGAGCUACACAGCUCAGUAAGUAACCAGGUACUAUCUUAUUGGAUCAAGUACAAUUAUGCCAAUGCAGUGAUUAAAAUAAAACAUUUUAUAGAUGAUAUACACAAAUCAGGUCAUAAAGUAAUGCAUGUUCUAUCCAUAAAAGUUCAUAAUCAUGAUAAUGCAAGUCAUAUAAAAAUAUUGCCAUUUAUCCAUUGUAGCUGAAUUUGAUUCUUUUAUAGCAAUUGUAUGCCAUGGCUUGAUGUUACCAAGAAAAAAUAUGUCAUGGCUUGACAACAAUAAGUUGACUCUGUUCUCAGCAGAAUUCAAUAACGUAUGAACGUAGUAUCAAUGUUUCUUUUUUAAAAGUUUAUCAUCAAUGAUUCUGUUAAAUACGCUA